UUCUAGGAGGGACCAUAUUUUAGACAAUUCAACUACUUAUAUCCGUGUACCGCUGCUUGGAUAUACAUCAUCUAAUUCUCCGCUCUACAGGUUUCUAGUACACACAAGAAAGAACGCGUUGACUCAAGAAUUCAACAACAACAACAACAACAACAACAAAAAAGCCAUGGCUGUAGAAGGAGGAGCGAAAUGUGUCAAAUACCUGCUCUUUUUCUUUAAUUUCAUCUUCUGGGUGUGUGGCUUGGCCUUAAUAGUUCUGGGAAUAGUGGCUUACGUUCAUAUCCACAACACGGCGGUCACCAAUAUAUCUGCUAGUCCUGCCGUAUGGCUCAUUGUGGUGGGAGUCGUCAUCUUCUUCAUUGCCUUCUUUGGCUGCUGUGGAGCCUGGAAGGAGAAUUACUGCAUGGUCACAACGUUUGCUGUUAUUCUCUCCAUCAUCAUCAUCUGUGAAAUUGCAGGUGCCAUUGCUGCAUAUAUCUUCCGUGGGAAUCUGAAUGGUGUGUUGGACCAGGGAUUCAAAGAAGCAUUUGCAAAAUACAACACUUCAAUAGAGACCAAGAAAGCAAUUGAUAGUUUGCAACAAGAGCUCAAGUGCUGCGGAGCAAACUCCUCUGAUGAUUGGGUGAACUUCAGCACAAGCCACACAUCAGUCCCAGACUCUUGCUGUAAAAACAUGACUGAUAAUUGUGGUAAAGGAGCUAUCCAUGAUUCCAGCAUAAUCUACACAAAUGGAUGUCAGCCUGCUGUGGAGACACUUCUGAAAAAGAGUAUGUUGUGGAUUGCUGUAGGAGCUCUGGUCAUUGCAUUCAUUCAGAUCACCGGCAUUGUGUUGGCCUGCGUUCUGAUGAGAGCCAUUCGCAGUGGCUAUGAAGUCAUGUGAGCACAUUGAAUCACAGCAGUUCACCCAGCAACGGGACCAACCUGUCACUUAUAUUUUUUUAAUUCUAUUUUACAAACAAAUUUUUUUUCCCUUCUUUACUGUACAAGUUGACAAGACUCUUGGGAGUGGAAUAUCUGUGCCAUAUUUCUAUGACAUAUCGAGGAGACUAGUCUCCAGUUGUUAAAUAAAUAUUUCGGGUUCAAUAUAAAUUAAGCUCAGUUGACUGCAUUUGUAGCAUGACAUUAAAUGCCACAAAAUAUAUUUUGACUUAAAAAAUGUACUUUGACUUUUGUAUUGAAACCCUAAAAUAAAUAAUAAAAAAAAGAACAAUUAAAACAACUUAACAGCUCAAAUAAUACAUGUAUAUAGAAUAUUUAAUGUAAGUGCUUUUAUCAAAUUAUUUGCUCCACAUUUCUGCCUUUUUUUAAAUACUCCAAAUAUUUGGCUCCAUUCACUUCCAUUGUAAGUGUCUCACUGCAACCAUAAUUUUUGCUUUUUUAAAGAAAAGGACGGAAGAGUCAAAAUUAUUUUUUGUGGUAUUCAAUAUUAUGCCACAAAUGCUGUCGAUUGAGCUUAAAGGUAUAUUCUGGGUUCAACACAAGUUAAUUACUAUUAAUAUUCUUUCUUUACUUUAUUUGUUUACCGCCAUGUUGACCACAUUUUACAUGAGGUCAAUGAAUAACAGAUAUGGCAAAUGUAAUAAUACAUUUACAGAAUGUUUAUGUCAUAGAAAGAACCAAUAAAAUGUUCCAAAC